AUGAAAUUCUAUAUUAUUCCAAUUACCAAAAAACGUCAUUUUCUAUAUUGUUGUCAAAAAUCAGUUAUUUCUAAUCUUUCUUUAAUUGAUAGGUUUGCAAAUAAAGUUAAUAAUAUUUGGGGAAAAUGGGGAAAUUCUGAGACUAAAUGGAAGAAAAAAUUAGUAAAAAUCGGAAAUCAGAUGAUUGACAGACUUCCAUACGAAGAAUGGACUCUUAAAAAUGUUCCUUCUCAUGAAAAAAUGCAUGAAAUAUAUAAAAUGAAAGGAAUACAAAACAAAGUUACCGUUCAUUACCCUACGUCUUUUGGACCAGAAAAAGUUAUUUUUACAAUUUCUGAUCUAGUUAAACGUAAGAUAAUGUUUCAUAAACGACGGAUGAUCUUUUCUAUAAUUGGGGCACCAUUUACACUUCCUGUGGCUUUAAUACCAAUCAUUCCUAAUAUUCCUGGCUUUUAUUUACUGUUUAGGGCAUAUUCCCAUUGGAAAGCGUUUCAUGGUGCACAACACCUCGAUUAUUUAUUAAAAAACAAUCUUUUUAACCUAUCUGCAUCUUCAUCUUUGGACAAAGUUUAUGGAACUAGUUUACAAAAUACAAAUAAUCAUGAUACUCUUUUAUUAAAUACUACCAGAAUCUACACUAUAUCGAAAAUUAUAGAUAACAAAGAUUUUCAAACACAUUUAGAAAGAGCUAUUCGACAAAUUCAGAAAGAUAGUUCAUUACGAAUAUCUGAUCUCUCUAUAUCUUUAUAA